AUGCCUCCGAAGCUUACUCCUACGCAUUUCCUCUGCAUACCCCUCGCUGGGGUGCAGCUGGCCACGGCUCUUGCGGCGUUCCGAGCCGAUGUAACGAGCGCCAUGAGCUUCGGCCUGCCGGAGGAUGCUGUUCGGCCCUUGGGGACGCUACACUUGACACUGGGAGUCAUGGCCCUGAAAAGGGACGGUGUAGAAACGGCAGAUGCUAAUACAUCUGCCUCCGUCUUGGGAUUGUCAGGCGGCAGCAAUGAUGGUAGUCGGCCGUCUAAAGCAGACGGCCUAUCUUUGACACUACAAGGUCUUCAUUCAAUGCAGCCAGCAGAAAGAGCUGCUGUUUUAUAUGCACCUCCUUUGGAUCCUGAAGGCAUUUUAUACGACUUUUGCAAGCAGCUACAAAAGCCAUUUCAAGACUCUGGAUUGAUGAUUGAUGAGAACCGCCCGCUGUUACUUCACGCCACCAUUAUCAACACGAUAUAUGUCAAAAAUAAUACCGGCGGCGGAGGAAGAGGGAAAAGGCGGGAAAAACUGACCAUUGACGCACGCGACCUGCUGAAUAGAUACGAUGACUAUCUGUGGGCCGAAAAGAUGCCCAUCACUCGUGUGGCGCUGUGUAGAAUGGGUGCCAAGCCCAUUCCAGGGACAGAUAAUGCAGCAUAUGAAGUCGAGGCGGAGGUUGAGUUUGAGCCUUGA